AUGUCCUCAGAUACUGGCAAACCCUUGCUUCUUUACACUGGCCCGACCCCUAACGGUCGCAAGGUCUCGGUCUUCCUUGAAGAGCUCAAAGCUGCGUACGGUAGCCCUGAAUACGACAUUCAAAACAUCGAUAUUAGUACCAAUGUUCAGAAAGAGCCGUGGUUCAUUAAACUGAACCCGAAUGGUCGCAUACCGGUUCUCGUCGAUCGCUCCCGCAACAACUUCAUCGUCUUCGAGACCGCGGCGAUUUUGCUCUAUCUCCAGCAGCACUACGAUAAGGAGGGAAAAUUCGGAUUUAAUCCUGCGAAGGACCCCGACACAUACAGCGAGACGCUGCAGUGGAUCUUUUUCGCGCACGGCGGUGUUGGUCCCAUGCAAGGACAAUCGAACCACUUCAACCGGUAUGCAAAGGAGGACAUUCCCUAUGCUAAAAAACGGUAUAUUGACGAGACAAAGCGUCUCUAUGGCGUACUUGAGAUCCGCCUUUCCCAAGGCCGCGAUUGGCUCGUGGGUCCUGGCCGGGGGACAUAUAGUAUCGCCGACAUGAAUGUGCUCCCAUGGAUAAAUAUCCACAAGCAUUCGAUGGUUGAAAGUCUGGACGAGUUCCCGCUUCUGAAGGACUGGCUUAAGAGGGCGACUGAGCGCCCUGGCACAAAGGCUGGUCUAGCUGUUCCGUGA